AUGGAGCAAUAUUGCAAGAUUACAAUUAAUGCAAAUUGCCUCCUGCAGACCGAGGUGUUGGUACAGCCGCUGGGCAAGGGACAGGAGGUGGUCCUCAACCGGCCCAAAGCGCUCAACGCCCUCAACCUGAACAUGGUCCACCUCCUCAGGCCGCACUACACGCACUGGGAAAAGGACCCGCACACGGCCUUUGUGCUGAUGAAGGGCGCUGGCGGCAAGGCCUUCUGCGCUGGCGGAGACAUCAGAGCGAUCUACGACGAAGGAAUUGCGGCACGGCAGGCGGGCAAAAAUGCUGGUGGCGACCCCGCGAGCCUGGGCUAUCGCUUCUUCCACGACGAGUACGUGCUCGACUAUCAAAUCGCGACGCACCCCAAGCCCCAGGUCGCCUUCCUCAACGGCAUCACCAUGGGUGGCGGCGUCGGUUUGUCGAUGCACAACAAGUAUAAGGUGGCGACGGAGCACACCGUGUUUGCCAUGCCCGAGACGGCCAUCGGUUUCUUUUGCGACGUCGGCGGCUCUCACUUCCUUCCUAGGCUCAGCCCCGGAUUCGAAGUGGGCAUGUACCUUGCGCUGACCGGAGCCAGGCUCAAGGGCUACGAUCUCGUACGUGCCGGUGUUGCGACGCAUUACGUGCCGUCAUCAAAGACCCAAGUUCUGGAGGAGAAGCUCAAGAAUGCCGAAAAUGAAGACCACGUCCGCCACACCCUCGCCGAGCUGAACGAGCACGACACAGCCAAUGAUGCCAACAGCGAACUUAUCAAGCAUGCCGACGCCAUCCACAAGUGCUUCGGCAAGGCUUCGGUGGAAGAUAUCAUCGUAGCGCUGGAGAGGGAGGGCAGCGAGUGGGCCACCCACACGCGCAAUGCUCUCAGCAAGCUUUCACCAACUGCACUCAAGGUGGUGUUCCGCCAGCUGCACCAUGGCAAGCAGCUGCCGCUGAACAAGUGCUUCGAGAUGGAGUUCCGCAUGGCCCAGCGCUUCAUGGCCGGACAUGACUUCUUUGAGGGCGUCAGGUCUGUGCUCGUGGACAAGGACAGGAACCCCCAAUGGAAGCCGGCUCGCCUGGAGCAGAUCGCCGAUUCGGAGGUGGACUCCUACUUUGAGCCGCUCGCCGAUCCCUCUCUGGAGCUGCACCUGCACCCCAUCGAGCACCACCUGCAAUGA